GUAACUUACGAAAAUGCGAGUGCGAGUCGCCAGUAAAAAUUUAAAAUUAAUGAUAAGAAACAUUGACCGCCACUGAUAUCAAGGAAAAGAGAUUGUUUAUGUGAUAACAAGACAAUGUUUACUGUUCCACGGAUAUGCUGUAGAUUGUUUAUUUCUUGUUUCAUCGAAAAUUUAUAUUUCAGGGCCGUACGUUCAUAGACCCUAGACAGUUGUGCCUCGUUGUCGGUGUGUAACGUCCUCCGUUCUCAGCGAACGUUUUUCCUGUUGUAAUCGUUAAAACGAACAAAAGGCACGAGGAGGAGAGAAAGGGAAAUAAAGGGAAAAUGUUUAUGCACGGUGCACCGGAUGGUUGGUUUUAUCAUGUUUCUAUAUUCUAAAAGUGGGGGUUGUCAAUGGUUGGACGACAGAGAGGAUCGUGGCAGCAUAUGCGCAUAAAAGAGAAGACGCGACAGUGAUUGUUGUAACUGUGUGUUCGGUGUUCGUAAUUAUUGAGAAAGGACUCUAAGGAAGAUGGCAGAGAAUGUAGAACCACUUGUGCAUUCACCGAAAAGUCUUUAUGAAUUAUGCGUCGCCAGAAUAGUUGCGUCAACUGGCGGAGACUUUAUUCCGUACUUGGAUUAUCUAAUUUAUUUGCCGAAAGAAGUUAUGUUCGAUGUUUAUUAUCAGGUAUACAAAGCAGGCACGCAUCCUUUCUUCAUAUUAACAGAAUUAUGCAGGUUCGAGGUGUUUUCUAAGAUGUUAGCAGUUACUAGUCGACGCGUCGAUUUGUUCAAAUGUUUUGAGGACUGUGCUCAGAGUGUACCAAGAUUCAAGGAUGAAUUAAUUAUCCAGUAUUCGCCUUGCAGCUGUGUUAAUGUAAAUCUAGCAGCUCGAGAAAGAUUGAUAAACGCAGGUCUGAUAUUGGGCGGAUUUUUAAGCGAUGCUGGCUGGUAUCCUCAAAGUGAAAAUAUUUUAUUAAAAUGUCUUCGAUUAUGUUUAUUAAGUAGUUCUACACCUCAACAUUGGUGUAGAAUAUUAGAGUGUUACCAUAGAUUGUUACAUGUGCAAGCUGCGUAUUGCUCGUUUAAAUGCGCAGAAGAAACACAGAAUUGUGCUUUGGUAAUAGUGAAACGUUUAAAGGAAGCAAAAUUUGACUGCAAUUAUGCUGCCUUAUAUAGCGAAUUUAGUAUGUUACACUAUAUGAGAAAUGAAUAUGAUGAGACCUACAGGUGGAGUAUAAAAGCAUUAAAACAAUUAAAGCCCACACUGCCUGCCCGCAUUACUAUCGACGUUCUGAGACAGGCAGCAAAGUCGUGUGUAUUGAAACGAAAAUUGCAGAAAGCCGGUCUAUUGAUCAGACAAGCUCUGUACCUUGCUAGACAAGAAUUUGAGAAAAAUCAUCCUGUGUACACUAACGUUCUUAUAGAUUAUGGAUAUUACUUGUUAAAUUUCGAUAGUUUAUUUCACAGUGUAAAUGUUUAUGAGGAAGCGUUGUCUCUAAGGAAGUCGGUGUUUUCAGAAUUUAAUUUAAACGUUGCACUGGCUUUGGAGAACUUUGCGUAUGCUCUGUACGUGCAUGAGUAUACCUCUGGCAGUUUCGAAGUGGCAAGAUCACAGUGUCUUAGUCCGUAUUCUACAAGCAGAGAAUGUGUUCUGAAGGCGAGGGACACUAUGGAAUCGCUGUUACCCGGAGACCAUUUAUUGUUAGCCAGUACAAGAAGGGUCCACGCAUUGAUACUUGAAGAAAUAGCAAUAAACGACACAGCACUAAUGAGGACGUCAUUAUUAAUCGCGGCUGCGAAUCUUCACCGAUCUGCUUUGAACUUAUCAAGGAAAGCAUUUGGCGAGAGCAACGUACAGAUUGCGAAGCACUACGGGAAUUUAGGGCGACUUUAUCAGAGCAUGGGGAAAUUUCAGGAGGCGGCAGCGAUGCAUACCAAAGCUAUACGCAUUAAAGAAGAAUUACUAGGACCCGAUGAUUUCGAAGUUGGAUUGAGUAUAGGACACUUAGCUUCCUUGUACAAUUUCGACAUGAAGCGAUACGAGGAUGCUGAACGGCUGUAUCACCGCAGUAUUGCAAUUAAUUUAAAAUUGUUCGGAGAAAGCUAUAGUGGAUUGGAAUACGACUAUCGGGGACUUAUACAUCUGUACACUCAAAUGCACGAGGACGAUAAAAAAAUGGAAUACGAAACUACGUUAAUUAACUGGAGGAUACUGAGGUUCGAACACAUCCAAGCAGAAGAUCCACCGAUAGACCAUCAGGGACGACCGCUCCCGCUCGAAGAAGUACUUGACGCAUUUUUUUCUACGUAAUAUAAUUGUAAACACACCAUCGAACAUUGAAAUUCAUCGACCGACAUUAAGUUUCUAUUACCUCAGUCUGACUCAAGUCGAAAUAUAAACGAAAACAUAAGUUGCACUAUUGCGAUCAACAUUCUCGUGAAUUAUGUGUAUAUCGUUUGAACAUACCCCGUGAUCGUUGAAGCUGUAAGCGACAUGAAGUUUGUCAUGUUUGUGUCUUACCAUUUUGUAUAUUACAAUUAUUUUUAUACUUAGUUUUAACGGUGCAACUGGUAGAUCGAGAUUUUAAUAAUUCUUUAUCCGCAUACUAAUAGCUUGUGAACUGUUAGUACGCGGAUAGAAGAGAUUUUAUAGCAGGCUUAUCGAGUGAAUCCGUUUGUAAUUAAUGUAUGAUACAAGAUGUUCAACUUUUAGCGAAGUAAAAACAAGUAAAAGGAGAAACGCAUAAAUGCUUUUAAUUUAUGUUAUCGGAAAGAAUAUAAGCGUACCGUUAAGAAAAUAUUUUAGUAUUUAUUAGAAUAAUAUAUCAAGUAUAAUUCGUAGGAAAUUAUCAAUUUAUUUUUAGUAUCUACAUUAAGAAAUAAUGUAAAUUAAAAAGCAUCUGUGUUAUACUAUGUAUAUAUAUAUGUAUGUAUAUAUUUAUACAUAUAUAUAUAUAUGUAUAUAUACAUUUAGCGCAACUUGCAUGCACAUACUUUACAUUAAAGAGACGAUGUAUAUAUGUAUAUUUACAUAAUUUCUCUGUUUGAUUUCUAAUUUAUAAAAUAUCGUUACUAAAUCGACUCUUAAUCCACGGACGUUCA